AUGAAUGUGCGCCUUCUUGCCUGCAGGUGGUGUUGGUGUGUGUUCAGAGAGCAGCGACCAGCGACCAUCUAUCUGAUACCAAGAAGAAGAGAGUCCAUGGUGUUUUUCUGGGUGGAUGGCCUGCACUGGAUCUAGCCUGUCAAAACUACAUUGUAGCGAGAGCAACGUGGGAUUAAGUCAGUGAAAUCAGGUGCUUUUCAGAUUUGAUAACUGACUGAGACUUGAACGGGCCUAGAGAGAAAUCCACUGUUCCCCUCCUGACCUCCUGUUCCUGUCCCUCUCUGAAACACAUCUCUCACCAUGAAUGAAGUUUAUAUAGUCAGAGAGGGCUGGCUCCACAAAAGAGGUGAAUAUAUCAAAACAUGGAGGCCCAGGUAUUUCAUCUUGAAGAGUGAUGGUUCCUUCAUUGGUUACAAGGAGAAGCCUGAUCUAAACGACCAGACUUCACCACCACUCAACAACUUCUCAGUAGCAGAAUGCCAGUUAAUGAAGACUGAAAGACCCCGGCCCAACACAUUUGUCAUCCGUUGCCUACAGUGGACCACUGUCAUUGAACGCACCUUUCACGUGGACAGCAAUGACGAGAGAGAGGAGUGGAUGCGGGCAAUCCAGUCUGUGGCAAAUAGUCUGAAGAUGAGAGAACAGGAGGAGGAACCAAUGGAUGUGUUUGGUUCACCCAGCGAAAGCAGCCUGGAGGAGAUGGAGGUUGCUAUGUCCAAGAGCUGCACCAAAGUGACAAUGAGUGACUUUGAGUACCUGAAGCUGCUUGGGAAGGGGACGUUUGGGAAGGUAAUUCUGGUCAAAGAGAAGUCCACCGGUGUACAUUAUGCCAUGAAAAUACUGCGCAAAGAGGUCAUCAUAGCCAAGGAUGAGGUGGCCCACACAGUUACAGAAAGCAGAGUGUUACAAAACACACGACACCCCUUCCUCACGACACUGAAAUAUGCCUUCCAAACCCACGAUCGACUCUGUUUUGUAAUGGAAUACGCUAAUGGAGGAGAGCUCUUCUUCCACCUGUCACGGGAUAGAGUGUUCACAGAAGACCGUGCCCGCUUCUAUGGUGCCGAGAUUGUGUCUGCGCUUGAGUACCUCCAUUCAUGUGAUGUUGUUUACCGUGAUCUGAAGCUGGAGAAUCUGAUGCUGGACAAAGACGGCCACAUCAAAAUCACUGAUUUUGGGCUUUGUAAGGAGGGCAUUACCCCUGACGCUACAAUGAAAACCUUCUGUGGAACUCCUGAAUAUCUGGCACCUGAGGUCCUGGAAGAUAAUGACUAUGGCCGGGCGGUUGACUGGUGGGGUCUGGGUGUGGUCAUGUAUGAGAUGAUGUGUGGCCGUCUGCCUUUCUACAACCAGGACCAUGAGCGUUUGUUUGAGCUCAUCCUCAUGGAGGAGAUCCGUUUCCCCAGGAACCUGUCACCCGAGGCCAAGUCCCUGCUGGCUGGCCUGCUCAAGAAGGACCCCAAACAGAGGUUAGGUGGAGGUCCCAAUGAUGCCAAAGAAGUAAUGAGUCACAAAUUUUUCAUCACCAUAAAUUGGCAGGAUGUGGUACAGAAGAAGCUCACCCCACUCUUCAGACCGCAAGUGACAUCAGAGACAGACACCCGGUAUUUUGAUGAGGAGUUCACAGCGCAGACCAUCACACUCACUCCUCCAGACAAGUAUAACAGUCUGGACUGCGAGGACCCCGGCCAGCAAGCACAUUUCCCCCAGUUCUCCUAUUCUGCUAGCAUAAGAGAGUGAUAGCAUCUCUACCACACACACACAAACACAUGAGGCAUGAUCACCUUGGCCACAUCCCUUACAGCUAUAAAAUGACCAGAACCUCCAUCUUUAAUGAGGUUUUGGUCCCGUCAGGAUCUAAGUGCCUUGGCUGGCGGCCAUAUUGUUCUAUAGAAACCUCCUUCGUCCACACUACGGACAAAGCCUGGCCAGACUGGCUGUACUGUAUCAAACUGGACUUCAGUACCUCACAUAGCCAUCAGCACAACUCAACAGCACAAUCAGGACUCUGUCUGUAGCACCUUCAGAUGGCCUAUAAACUACUGCUGCUUUUUCAGACUGUAAACCACCAAUCAUUUUUACCACUUUUUAUGGUCUUUUGAGAAGCCAUACAGUUCCUUUAUGACGUUUCCAAGUGCUCUUCUUCAAAACUAGCUGUUACCACUGGUGAUAGAAAGGGAGGAAGAAGUGUGGCAGUUUGCUGGGUGUUUUUCUGUAAGGUGUGUGUGUAUUUUCUUUUGUGAGAAAACAGCAUCAAAUCCAAACUGAAUCUCAUCAGUUUAGUCAGAAUGAGUCUGUGAGAGCAUGAGGUUUUGUGUGUGUCUUAAUAUGCAUCAGGAACAGAUGAAUUGAUAACGCAUGAUGGUCAAAGGGUCUCCGCAGAGAAAAGCUUUGACAAAGUGAAACGUGAGGUGUUGGAGAGAGAGGUUGUCCUUUUGUGUUUGCAAUGAAAACAAAUCACUUGUAUAUUAGUUUGCUCUCAUCUCAGAAUGUGAUCUUUGUUAAACAGAUCUCUCUAAUGUGCGACACAGCAAUUAAUGGAAAUUGGGAAUACCUUAAAUCCACAAGGUGUAUAUGUUGUUUUUUAAAACAAGGUUUUUUAUUUCUAAAACAUUUUUGAUCUUUCUUGAUCAGCAAAUUACACACCCGCCAUGUGAUUUAAGAGGUUUAAAAGCACUUAGUAAUUUAAAGCAGACCUAAUUUUUCUCAGAUGGACAUGUUCAUAAUGUAGCUGAAAACUUCCUGGAUUUGUGUCAGUGCUUAUUAUUUUUUAUAUUAUUAUAACACCUCACCAAAAUGUGUCAGUUGAACUGUGAGAUACCAAAAGUUGGAAUCAAAUGUCCGGUCAGAUUCAUAAUCCUGUUGACUUCUGUGAUCAGAUAGUUUCUGAUUUACAUCAACAUUUGGCCAGUUUAAAUUUAUUAAAUUUGAUGAAGUUCUUGUAAAGAUGUGUGUGUUUGUACAACAUUUAACAUUUGAGCACUUUGGAUUUUUCUUUUUUUUUGUUAAAUGAGAAAAAAAAUGUAGAAACCCUCAAAGUAAGGUAUCAAAAAGUAUCAUUAUGGUAUCUGUCCUGAAAGUCAAGUGUGGUAUCAGCACUACUAUUGAAAAAAGAAUAAUCAGCCCUAGCACCAAACUGAAUUCAGUCAUUUCAGAGAAUAUGUUCAUAUUUGGAGUGUCGUCCUUUCUUGGCAUUCAAAGCUAAUUUUGUAAUGUUUCCAAUUCACCCAUACCUAUGAUAUAACUCACCAUCUUGUACUUUACCUGCUGGAGACUUUACAAGUUUGAAGUUGUGGCUGACAGUUCACAUGUCUUAAUGUCCUCCUGGCCAUUGCGUAUCUGUCAUCUUUUAUAAAUCUUACUGUUCUUACAGUGUAUCCAAACUGCUGCUUUUCAGACUUGAAUGUGCCACUGGAUUUGAUUGGACAUGUCUUUGCUGGAGAGCUAAAAAAUCAUCUAGGAGCUACGUACAUCAUGAACAUGGUCCAUUGUGAGAUGUUGUGUUUGAGUGCAAUGGUGACUUGCAAGGAUGUUUUUUUUUUUAUUAUUUUCAAUUCUUCUCAUCUAUUAUUAAUCACUGCACAACAUUAAAUGGUAACCAGGAUAUAACGGGCGUUAUAUUGUACAUGAAAAUGCACCCAACAUCGUAUUGGUGCUACACUGUUGAGUCAUUCGUAAAUAAAGAGCUGGUGCAGACAA